AUCUGUCCUCCAGCUCCAGCACCUCUCUCCCCCUCCUCCCUCCUGUCACAUCUGGAUCUGGCUCCUCUCAUCAGCACCACUCAGCGCAGUGGGAGAGAGAGAGUGAGUGAGAGAGAGGGGGGGGAGUCGGAGAAGCGGAGGCUAGCUCGGUCGGUGCAGCCUCAUCCACAUCCGAGGAGAACCAAGGAGAGGAGAGUGGAAGGACAUCUCACCUUCUCAUCCGCACUCACGGAUAUUUUGCAUCCCCUCUGUCCUCCAUCCGUCACUCCAGCUUCCUUUUUUUCUCUUCUCCUUCUCUUCCUUCCUCUCGCCUUGGGUAUGAUGAGCUCCAGCCUGCUAGAAAACCCGGUGCAGGCGAUUCUGUACCUACGGGAGCUGACCACCAUCGUCCAGAACCAGCAGAGUCUCAUCCAGACCCAGCGUGCCCGGAUAGAGGAGCUGGACCGGCGGGUGGACGAGCUCAUCGGCGAAAACAGGCACCUGCGGGACGUCAGGGUACAACAGCAGUAUCCUUACCAUCACCACCAUCACCAUCAUCAUCACCCCGACCCCAGCUGCCUUCAUCACCACCAUCACCCUCAGGACCCCCAGCUCAAGACUGGUGCGGGGUCUCUGCCCGACCAUGCGGUCGAGGCGGCUCCGGAGAUCCAGCCAUCACCUCCCCAACCUAUGGACCCCGGGGACAUGCAGCUGGUCCCGGCCGAUCCGUCCAUGGUUUCCCCCGUUGAAAGUGAGCCAGAAAACGGCGGAAGUUGCGCCAGCUGCCGCUCUUUGGUUCAGAUGACCCCCACAACCCUUUGUCGAUCUCUGGCCCUGGCUAGGAAAUCCGAGAGCGAGACCGUGCUGCAUCAGUUUUGCUGCCCCGCCCCUGAACAUCCAGAGGCUGACACCACUGGCUCAUCCGGCAGUGGGCAGAUGCUGAGCCUGGAGGAUGGAACAUCCUCUGGUGGUGGACAGGAAGUGGAGGGAGGGACCAAGAGGGAGGGACCCAGCGAAUACGAGAUCACCCUGGAGAAUAAAAACAAACAGAUCGAAGAGUUGGAACAGAAGUAUGGAGGCCAUCUCAUAGCGAGGCGGGCAGCCCGGCGCAUCCAGACAGCUUUCCGUCAGUACCAGCUCAGCAAAAACUUCCAGAAGAUCCGCAACUCGCUGUCGGAGAGCAAGCUGCCCCGUCGGAUCUCCCUGCGCCACCCCAGCCCCUCGGGCAGAAACCGGAAUGCGGCCCAGAGGCACAGCUACACCCUGCAUCCUGGGGGAGGACAGAUACCUCUGCGUUCCAAGACUCCCCCUCCUCCCCCGUGCCGCUCCACCUCCUUGCCUCCUUCUCCCGCCUCCGCCCCGACAGCCAUUUCCUCUCCUCCCCCGACCGCAGCCCCACCUCCAACCCCUGGACCCACGCUCACACAGCUGGAGGACUGCUUCUCUGAGCAACUGCACUCCUUGGCCCAAUCGAUCGAUGAUGCCCUCCGUGGUUGGAGCUUAUCAGAGGGUGGAGAGGGGAAGGGGCUACUGAUGGACCCCGGGGCACUUCGUGCAGCCGCUGAGAGCGCUUGCCUGCCCCGCAGUGCCAGUUCGCUGCUCAUGGCCUUCAGGGACGUCACCGUUCACAUCGACAGCAAUAGUUCCUACACCAUCUCCUCCGCCACCACCACAACCACCACUUCCCUGGGCAACGCCGCAGGUGCAGGAGAGCCCGGCAGCAGGAAGACGUCCAUAAGUGGAAUGGCCGGGGGAGGAGACGGCCAGUCAACGGAGGAGCCUGAGUUCCCUGCCCCUCCUCCCAGCGAGGAGCUGGAAAUGGUCGAUCCGGGAUCCAGGAGGGGCUCCACGGUGCCAGCUCCAGGAGGAGGGACGGAGGGGGAGAGUGGCUCAGAUAGACUGGGGUCCACCUCCACUUCUACCUCUACUUCCACCUCCAUCUCCACCUCAACCCAGUCUAACCAGCAGCCUGCUCAGAUUUACACACAGUACCAGCAGUACCACUACACUCAUCCUCAGCAGAUCCCUGGGGGGCCGAGCCCUGAGGCCCUGCAGGCCCUGGUUGUCUCUCUGCCCAGGGACCGCUGCCAGGAUCCAGCCUCUUGCCGCUCGCCAACCCUGUCCACAGACACACACCGCAAACGCCUGUAUCGUAUAGGACUCAACCUCUUCAAUGUGAACCCAGAGAGAGGCAUACACUUCCUGAUCACGCGUGGGUUCGUCCCGGACACGGCCAUCGGGGUGGCACACUUCCUGCUGCAGAGGAAGGGCCUGAGCCGACAGAUGAUUGGCGAGUUCUUGGGGAACAGCAAGCUGCAGUUCAACCGAGAUGUCCUCGAUUGUGUCGUGGAUGAAAUGGAUUUCUCAGGCAUGGAGCUCGAUGAAGCCCUGAGAAAGUUCCAGGCUCAUGUCCGUGUACAGGGAGAAGCACAAAAAGUGGAGAGACUCAUCGAAGCCUUUAGCCAGAGGUACUGUAUGUGUAACCCUGAUGUGGUACAGCAGUUUCACAACCCAGACACUAUCUUCAUCCUGGCCUUUGCUGUUGUCCUCCUCAACACUGACAUGUACUCGCCCAACAUAAAACCACAGCGCAAAAUGGGACUUGAUGACUUCAUACGCAACCUAAGAGGUGUGGAUGAUGGAGCUGACAUCCCCAGAGAGAUGGUUGCAGGCAUUUAUGAAAGGAUCCAACAGAGAGAGCUUCGCUCAAAUGAAGACCAUGUCACCUAUGUGAGCCGUGUGGAGCAGUCCAUCCUGGGCCUGAAAACUAUCCUCGCCGUGCCCCACAGACGUCUGGUGUGCUGCUGUCGUCUGUUUGAGGUGCCUGACGCCAACAAGCCUCACAAACAGAAACUGUCCCAGCUCCAGAGAGAGGUCUUCCUCUUCAAUGACCUGCUGCUGAUCCUGAAACUGUGUCCUAAGAAGAAAAGCUCGGCCUCAUACACCUUCUGUAAAGCUAUGGGCCUCCUGGGAAUGCAGUUUCAUCUCUUCAGCAAUGAAUACUACGCCCAUGGCAUCACCAUGCUGAGCCCCUUUACCUCAGAGAAGAAGCAGCUGGUGAGCUUCUGCUCCCCGAGUGGAGAGGAGCUCAGAAAGUUUGCAGAGGAGCUCCGAGAGGCCAUCGCAGAGGUCAAUGAGAUGGAGCAGAUACACAUCCAGUGGGAAUUGGAGAGACAACAGGGCAUCCAGCCGCACGGCAUACACACUAAUGGCGGGCAAGUGGACACACACACAGGACACGGCUCUCCCUCAGGCCAACAGGAUGUGUACGAUAAAACCGGCAACAACAACACAGUAGAGGUGUCAAUUCACAACAGGCUGCAGACCUAUCAACUGAGCCAGCCCAGCAUUGAGUCCAUGCCUCUGGCCCUGGCCGCACCACCCGCCCUGCUCAGCCCUGUCCAGCCUGGGGAGCUCCGCCCGGAAACGCUCAUCCAGUGCCAGCAGAUUGUCAAGGUGAUCGUCGUGGACCAGAGCGGGCGAGGGCGGAUGGAGGCCUUCCUGAGCCAAGGCCCGGCCACCCAUCAGCUCAUCCAGUCAGCCAUGUCCACGCCCGUGCGUGUCAGGGAAGGGGAUGGCCCUCAGCCCCCCCUGCCACCUCCCCCUCCACCUUACAACCACCCCCACCAGUUCUGUCCCCCUGACUCGCCCAUGCCCCUCCACCACACCAUGCCUCUCACCCGCAGGCGCAACUCCAGUGGCUCCCGCAGCAUCGUCUGAAGCGUGGGCUACUCUACGAACCCUGGAGGGGAGAUGUUACCCUCACGCUCAAACACACACACAUACACACGUGCUGGAGCACUAGUCGACUCACUUUUGAAUGGUAAAAUAAAAGCAUUGCAAAAAAAAAGUAAGGAAUAUACCGUAUGAGUCGCGUUAAGGGAUGAAGGAAAAGAAAACCAACAAGAGUCUAAUCACAGUGUUGACUGAGCAGUGUUGUUUUUGAACAUGAAGUGGUUUCGAUGCCAUGUCUUUGUCUCCAACAUGUCACCUGGUAGCUGAUGGUGUUGUCUGUCUAGAUUUUACACUCUUUAAGACAUCUUGUGACUUUGCAUUUUUAAAUGUCACCUGUCCAACACACGUCUGUGAGCAAUGACCAUGAAACUGAGGGGCGACGUCAGCUCUGUCAGCCAUGAAAGGACACGUGGAUCACUUUAAAUAUAAAGGACAAAAAUCUGUUAUGUUUUCUUUUCGUUGGAGAUAUUGAUGUUAAGUGCGCACCUCUUUGUCGGGUCCAGGUUUUCAGUAUUAGAUACCGCACUCAGUGAGGAAUCAUCUCAGCACAGCUAAUACAGUUUCUCCACACUGUAAUCAUUUUUUUCCUUAUCUCUGCAUAAUGUGAAGAAACAGGAGUACCCACUUAUUUGUUUCCUUCAUUUUCUAGGGAACAGAUAAUCAGUGCGCAUGAGGAGGAAGGUGAAGAAAAAGGUAAAAGGCUCUAACAUCUACCCUGUCAUGUAUCGUAUAGUGUAGUAAGCAAGGAUGUUGUUACUCACUAAGCUAACCUAAAAUCACAUCCUGACGACAAUCAUAUUUUUUUGUGCUUAUUUGUUGUGUGUUUUUCUAAACUGGUGUGAGCAGAUAUCUUCACAGUAGUGUGCAUGACUGCCCUGAUUCUGUGGUGUUUUGCUCUCACAGAGCUCAGGAAAGGAUUUGCUGCACUGUAACAUGUAAUAUCUGCACCUCUGAGAUGUACUGAGAGCUGAGUGCUUGUGUACUGUGUGUUCAGUCUGCUUACCCAUGGGCAGCGGGGAGCAGGGGCCAGUAAUUCAUCCCAAAAAAAAAAAAAGGCUAAAGCAAGGCAGAUAAAGCCUCUCUCUCGUCCUGUACAUUUACUCUUAAUGGGUUACCCAGUGUGAAUAUUGAUGUUACCUUUGGAUUCAGGCGAUAUCUGUGCCCAGAAAACUCUUAGCUUUAGUUGAAAAAAUGAAUACAAAUCGCUCCACACAGGGUAGACCAAGGUCACCUCACGAAAAAACAUCACUUCCCUCUCACAGUAUUAUAUUUUUCCUUGCACGCUGAAAAUGUUAUAUAAGCAGAGACGCAUUCCUUUACUGAAUGUUAAAAUCAGGGGGAAAACUGAAGAUGUCCAUGGAGUAAUUACUGAUUUAAUUGAAGUGUUGUCAGUCAUGGUUUGAGCCAGUUUGUACAGCAGAUCACAAAUCAUCCAACUGAGACACACCAAACAUGUCUUGUACCUUUUGCACCACAGAAUAUAUUGGAUAUAUUGUAAAUAGAUAAUAUAGAUUUAUUCUGAAAAAAAGUGAUUGGUUUGCCCAGUGUGUGUAUCUACGUAUGUAUUUGUACAGAGAAGAUCUAGUUUAAAAGAAAAAAAGGAUAUUAUAGUUAUUAUAGUUAUUAUUAUUAUUAUUAUUAUUAUUCACAUUUAAUAUCAGGGGGGUGUCCUAAAUCCUACUGCUACAAGAGACAGGAAACAGGCAGCUUUUAUAGAAUACACUCCAGUUACCAUGGUAACACACACUGAUAUUAUUACAGAUCUACAUUCAUCAUUAAAUUAUCAUGUCAUAUUAUUACAGGAAUAUUAAGAGAUGGCUGUGUCACCCGUUAGGGUGUGUUAAGGGCUAUGCUGUAUUGGUAAAUACGUACAGUAAACCACAGGUCAUGCAUACACAUGUAUACACACACACACACACACACACACAUAUAUAUAUAUAUACAUAUAUAUAUAU